AUGUCUCUACCGUCUCGGGCUUCGUCCACGCCCAAGAUUAGCAAGGCCUGCGUGCCGUGUAGAACGCGCAAGAUCAAGUGCAAUGCUGCUGUCGUUGGGCUUCCCUGCGGCAGCUGUGAUACAGUCAAUGACACCUCGGCGGCUCAGACAGAUGCAAGUGAUCAUCAGUCAAAUGAUGAACCAGAUGAUAGCUUCAACAGUCAAAUACAUCACUGGAACCCACCACCUCAGCUUGACGAUAUUGAUAACGAUUAUCUUGCCAAGAAAAAAGUAUUCGAGCUUCCCCCUCCCCGAUUCAUGGACGAUGUAGUCAAAGCAUACUUCGACUAUGUACACCCUUUCGCACCCAUCCUUAACAGAACAGAUUUCAUCCAGAGUUAUCGCUCAGGUAGCUGCUGUCUCUUCUUGCUUCAUGCUGUAGCUGCAGCUGCAAGUCUCUAUGUCACCCAUGACGUCCUGAUUGGCUGUGGCUAUCCAGAUCGCUCAACCGCACAGACAUCUUUCUUCUCAAAGGCCAAGCUCUUCCAUGACUUUCACUGCCAGGGCGAUCCACUCUCCAUGUUGCAAGGAUCCAUGAUUCUGGGUGCCAUCAUCCUGGAUCAUCCGUCUGACAGGGACUUUCAGUACUGGUUUCACAACUCUGUCCGUCGUGCUUCAAAGAUGGGCGUACAAAAUGCUUGCCUUCGUGAAGAUGGAUCCCAAAAGCUGUACCGACGGAUUUGGUGGGUUCUCCAUAACAGGGACAUCUUCCAUUUCUUCAUCAACACGCAGAACAUGCGACUACUGGCAAAUGCACCGCCAAUCAGACCCCUCACGGAAGCUGAUUGGGAGACUGAAGACAUUGAGCAAUGGUCUGGCAUCCUAUCGCCAAUAUCUCAGGCCCAAAAGGUAUCUCUCAUAGCUCAAUGCGAGUUAGCACAAAUCUUCGGGAAUGUCAUGUCUGUCGUGACGAGUUCAAACCCAUCUGCAGAAGAAAUUCACAAGCGAAUACUGCCUCUCGAUGCCUGGCGAACCUCACUUCCCGAAAGGAUGCACCUCAUGGCUUCCUUUGCAGAUAGUGAGAUCUAUCAUCUCGAAGCUCUGACUACUAGUUACCGUUUUGAGUGCAUCAUGUGUCGUUUGCUUCGUCGCGGACGAUGGCAAAUGAGUGAUGGUGGGUUGCGUGAGUGGGCACAGCAACGCUUCAGAUCAGCAAUAUUUGAGCUUGAUACCAUCGUCAAACGCGUCAUGAUCAACAACACGAUUCAAAAGUUACCGACUACUUUUAUCACCACCAUCACAGCUCUUUUGGCUCUUCACAUAGAGUCUGCUCUUGACGCUGCAGAGUCAAGCCUCAUCCGCUCAAUGGCUCGGAUAUCGGUUCAGCACACGAUGCUUGCACUUGACCAGAUCCGAGAUACACCUGCCAUCAAGAGGGCAUUACCUGCAUUUGAGAUUGUGCUCUCUAAGAACAAGCUCUACCCAAUGUCGACGAGCGAUACUGAGCAAAUUAAUACGAUCCAGACCAUCCCCCAUCACCAGACUCUAAGUGAUGGGCCUAUUUUGGAACCGCCUCAAGCAGAUAUGACUUUACCCCAGGAUGAUCAGUCAUUCUUGUAUGGGGACUUUAUCGGGUUUGACUUUUUAGACCGUUGGCAAAUGGAGCAAUUAGAUUUUACAGGCAUUUACUAG